AUAUGGCGGCGUCCGUCGGCGCCAUUCGGCGCUCCGCGCAAACUGGUUGUUUCUAAAAACAAAAAAAAGCCCAAAAGGAAUCGGAGCGUGAGGGCGGCCGUUGUCACUGGGGUCUACAGCGAGGAGAUGAUCCACGAGUUGCUGCUGGCAUUGAGCGGGUACCCGGGUAGUAUCUUCAGCUGGAACAAGCGCAGCGGCCUACAGGUAUCUCAGGAUCUGCCUUUCCUUCACCCCAGUGAAACCAGCAUUUUAAAUCGUCUGUGUAAGUUAGGCACCGACUAUAUACGCUUCACAGAGUUUAUUGAACAAUACACUGGACAUGUACAGCAGCAGGAGUGCCACCCAUCCCAGCAAGGCCAGGCUGGAUUGCAUGGGAUUUAUCUUCGUGCCUUUUGUACCGGGCUAGACUCCAUGCUGCAGCCCUACAGACAGGCUUUACUUGAUCUUGAGCACGAGUUCUUGGCAGACCCACAUCUCUCCAUCUCUCAUGUAAACUACUCUUUGGAUCAGUUUCAGCUGCUGUUCCCAUCUGUUAUGGUGGUAGUUGAACAAAUUAAAUCUCAAAAGAUUCAUGGCUGUCAACUGCUGGAGACCGUGCACCAACACAGCUGUGGAGGGCUUCCACCAGUCCGCAGUGCACUAGAGAAGAUCCUAGCAGUGUGCCAUGGUGUGAUGUACAAGCAGUUAUCUGCAUGGAUGCUGCACGGGCUGUUGUUGGACAAGUAUGAAGAGUUUUUUAUCAAGCAAGGGCCAUCCUCUGGCAGUGUUAGCUCCCAGCCCGAGGAGGAAGAUGAAGAAGAUCUGGGAAUCCGAGGCUUGACCGGGAAGCAGCUCCGGGAGCUUCAAGACCUGCGGUUAAUCGAAGAGGAGAACAUGCUGGCUACGUCUCUGAAGCAAUUUUCACUGCGAGCUGAGAUGCUGCCCUCUUACAUUCCUGUCAGGGUGGCAGAGAAGAUCCUGUUUGUGGGAGAGUCCGUGCAGAUGUUUGAGAACCAGAAUGUGAAUCACACCCGGGCAGGGUCCAUUUUAAAGAAUCAGGAGGAUGCUUUUGCGGCAGAGCUGCAUACACUGAAACAACAGCCCCUUUUCAAUCUUGUGGACUUUGAAAAUCUGAUUGACAGGAUCAGAAGUACAGUGGCUGAGCAUUUAUGGAAGUUGAUGGUGGAAGAGGCAGGGUUGUUGGGACAACUUAAGAUAAUCAAAGAUUUCUAUCUGCUGGGUCGAGGGGAACUCUUUCAGGCUUUCAUCGACAGUGCCCAGCAUUUACUGAAGACCCCACCAACUGCUGUCACUGAACAUGAUGUCAAUGUAGCGUUCCAGAAAUCAGCACACAAAGUGUUAUUGGAUGACGACAACCUACUCCCACUCCUGCACCUCACUGUCGAGUACCACGGCAAAGACCCAAAAGAUACUGCACAAAGCCGUGAUAACUCCCUGCGUGAAUCCUCCCCUCGUGAAGCCCCUGCUUCUGGCUGGUCUGCUCUGGGACUCUCGUACAAAGUGCAGUGGCCUUUGCAUAUCCUGUUUACACCAGCUGUACUAGAAAAGUACAACAUUGUCUUCAAGUACCUGCUGAGUGUGAGGCGAGUUCAGGCAGAGCUGCAGCAUUGCUGGGCUGUGCAGAUGCAACGGAAACACCUCAGUUCAAACAAGUCGGACGCCACCAAAUGGAGACUGAGGAACCACAUGGCUUUCCUUGUGGAUAACCUGCAGUAUUACCUCCAGGUAGAUGUUCUCGAGUCCCAGUUUUCACAGCUCCUCCAGGAGAUAAACUCUAUCCGAGAUUUCGAGAGCAUUCGGUUGGCCCAUGAUCGCUUCUUGAGUAAUCUGCUGGCUCAGUCAUUCAUCCUCCUUAAACCGGUGUUCCAUUGUCUGAAUGAGAUUCUGGAUUUAUGCCAUAACUUCUGUUCUCUGGUCAGUCAGAAUCCAGGGCCGUUGGACGAACGUGGUAGCUCACAGUUGGAACUUCUUGUGACGGGUUUUAGUCGUCAAUCGUCCUUGCUUUUCAAGAUCCUCUCCAGUGUUCGCAAUCACCAGAUUAACGCUGACCUGGCUCAGCUUCUGCUGCGACUUGAUUACAACAAGUACUACACCCACGCUGGGGGCACACUGGGCAGUUUUGCCAUUUGAUGUCUGAGCAAGAUGGACUCCUGACCCAGCCGGGUUCUGACCUUCACCAGCAUCUGACCUUCCCUGUCUGUCUGCGGAGUGAGCUUGUGUCUGAACCUUCUAACUCAAAGACUGGCUGCAGCUCAUUCCCUCACAGAAAUCAACCAACUGCUCGAAACCUUCACGAAUGGAGACUUUGUGGGCUUACACUUUAGACCUGUAGCCAUUUUAUACAAACUUGUUGGCCAGGGUUUGUGAGCUUUUCUCUUUACUGACAUUUCGCCUCGUUUCUCUCAAAUCUCUCUCUCUGUCUUUAUCUUAGUCUUCCUUGAAUGCUAUCGCUAUCUCUGUGUCUGUCUCUGACUCCCUUUAUCUUUCUCUGACUCUCACGUUCUCUCUGUCUCUCUCUUUCCCGUCCGCUGAUUGUCUCGCUUUCUCUGUCCCACUCUCUCUCUUCCUCUGACUUUCUAACUAUCUCAGUUUAUAUGUGUAUGUGUGUAGCUCGCUUAAGUUAUUUCAACUUGCCAUACCAUUUUAUCUGAAACUUUAUAAAAUCCUCAUACAUUCUGAUUUUUUGUUCACAUUAUCCCCAUUCUCCUCUCUCUGACAGUUUGUUUUAGGGAGAGUUGAGGUUGAGAUGUGAAUGUGUUACAAGACCUGAUCUCAGAUCCACUUUCCCUGGUACCAUAGCUCAUUUUAGAAUUACUCAUGACAAAAUUCUCAGUAGUAUGAUGAGCCUUUCAAGAUUUCUGGACAGUUAUCAUAAAACAUUGAUUGGACUGACCAAAAGCCAUGAACAACUGAGAAUCCCUGCACUGUUUGCCUGUUUCUGGGAGAUAUUGAGAAUCCCUGCACUGUCUGCCUGUUUCUGGGAGCUAUUGAGAAUCCCUGUGCUGUCUGCCUGUUUCUGGGAGCUAUUGAGAAUCUCUGCGCUGUCUGCCUGUUUCUGGGAGAUAUUGAGAGUCCCUGCACUGUCUGCCUGUUUCUGGGAGAUAUUUGGAAUGGUGCAGGUUACAGUUGCCUACAGGAGUGCAAUAUCAAUGAAACAUCAGUGUCCUCCUGCUUCAACUAUUGAUUCCAAUCCUCUUCUGCCCCAUGCUUCUCUGGUUUCCCACUGGGCAAAACACUGGAGUUUCUGCUUCGAUCACUGGUUUGAAAUCUGACCCACUAUCCCCCGGAUUGCGUUAGAAUUCCCGUCGAAUGACUGUCUUUAAUUUGGGAGUUGCAUGAACCGCUAUGGUGAGGACAUUUUACUGGGUCUGUGGUGUGUUUAAUGAGGUAAAACCAAAGGAGCAGUUGUCAUUGACCAUGUUGUGAAGAUGCUUGCUGCAAGAAACAACAGCAAGAUCUGUUCCAGACGUGACCUGCUCCGACAAGAAAAUAAAAUAAUAGAACCUUU